AUGGCGAUUUUAGACCAAGAUGAUUCAUCUGCCGGCAACACAGCUGUUCCAGCUGCAACGAACACCGGAAUAGAUCCAAGUGAUCCUCUUUACCUACACCCGUCGGAUAAUCCUGGAGCAAUGCUCGUUUCAGUUCCUUUCAGUGGAAUCGGAUACAGAUCCUGGAGACGCAGUGUAAUGCGUGGUUUAUCUGUCAAAAAUAAACUAGGGUUCAUAAGUGAUAGCGUAGAAUAUGCUAGUGAUGCCGUUGAGCUGUGGAAGGAAUUCGAGGAUAGAUAUGAGCAAACUAAUGGCGCUAGGCUAUAUCAAAUUCAAAAGGAGAUAAAUGAUUUAUCUCAGGGUGUGUUGGACAUCACAAGCUACUACACUAAGUUGAAGAAGUUAUGGGAAGAGCUAAACACCUUGAGCAAGAUGACCCACUGCAACUGUGCCUGUACAUGUGGUGCCAAGGAGAAUAUGCAUAAAGCUGAGCAGGAUAGAAGGUUGAUUCAAUUUCUCAUGGGACUGAAUGAAGUCUACACUGUCGUACGAGGUAGCAUCCUUAUGAUGAAUCCAUUACCAAAUCUUGCACAAGCCUUUUCAUUACUAGUUCAGGAUGAAAAACAAAGAGAAAUCAAACCAAACAAUCAAAUGCCCCUCGAGUCUGCCUCCCUCAAUGUCAAUACAUCAAGACCUAGCUCCUACAAGACCAACUAUGCUGCCAAUAACAAUGCAACAUGA